CUCCUCCCGUACAGACUACAUACACCUCGGUUUUGCGCUAUACAAAUCAGCCGUCUUAACACUGUAACCUUUCCAGGUGAAAGAAACGAUAGUGAUCACAAUGAGGGUGCUCUGCUGCUGCACUGCUUUCCUGCUGCUUAUCCUUAUUCCCACAGCCUGUGAAGGAGGCAACAUCUUAGUCUUUCCCUCUGAAGGCAGCCACUGGGUAAACAUGAACAUUCUACUAAAAGCUUUACACUCCAGAGGACACAACAUCACUGUUUUACGUCCCAGCAACAGCUGGUACAUAAAAGAUGACUCAUCCUAUAAUACCAUUACAGUUCCAGUGGAGAACAUCUUGGAUCAGAAGUUCAUCACAAGGCUUGUGUCUGAGGCCAUACAAUUUGAACGAGGGGCCCUCCCCUUGACGAGUUUUCUUCAAAUGAGUGGAGGGAUGAUCAGCUUAAUUCUUGAUGUUCAUAAAGCUGUAGCUAAUUUUGUAUCUGCAAUACUAGAUGACAAUGACUUGAUAAGAAAACUGAAAGACAGCAAGUUUGACCUGUUACUUGCUGACCCCUGCUGGGGUGGUGGAGUCAUUCUAGCCAAAUAUUUGAAUCUUCCUUUGGUUUAUAAUGUUCGCUGGUUAUUAGGUACAGAGGCUCAUUUUUCCAUAGCCCCGUCACCAUUAUCUUACAUUCCUGUGACUGGAACUGGCAAUACUGUCGAGAUGACCUUUUUUCAGAGAGUUAAAAACAUGGUUUUACACAUCAUAACUCAAACACAGAACAGCCUGGCGUUUAAACUGGUAUACCAGAAAAUAGCUAACAAAUAUCUUGGGCCUGGUUAUGAUUUUAAUGAGUUAAUGAUCGACGCAGAUAUUUGGCUGAUGAGAGUGGACUUUGUGUUUGAGUACCCACGUCCCACAAUGCCUAAUGUUGUUUAUAUUGGAGGGUUCCAAUGCAAACCUGCUAAACCUCUGCCUCACCACUUGGAGGACUUUGUGCAGAGUUCUGGAGAGCAUGGCUUCAUCCUCAUGUCUCUGGGGACUUUUGUGACUGAACUUCCUGCUGACAUGGCAAAUGAGAUCGCUGCAGCUUUUGCUAAACUGCCACAGAAAGUCAUCUGGAAGUAUAAAGGUGACAGACCAGCCACUCUGGGUAAUAACACUUUACUGGUGGACUGGAUGCCACAGAAUGACAUUUUAGGACAUCCAAAAAUAAAACUAUUUGUGGCACAUGGAGGAACAAACGGAGUCCAGGAAGCUAUUUAUCACGGAGUCCCAGUUGUGGGCAUAUCCUUUUUUUUUGAUCAAUAUGACAACCUGCUACGUCUGAAAGAGAGAGGGGGCGCUAAGAUACUUACAUUAACUACAGUGGACAAAGACAACAACUUCCUGAAGGCCAUAGAGGAAGUCCUGAGUGAUCCCUCCUACAGGGGGAACAUGCAGAGACUUUCCAGGCUGCACAGAGAUAAGCCAGUAAUGCCACUGGAUAACGCCCUCUUCUGGAUAGAGUUUGUCAUGAGGCACAAAGGAGCAACUCACCUGAAAGCAGUGUCCUACAGAAUGCCCUGGUAUUCCUACCACUCUGUAGAUGUAGUUUUGUUCCUGGCUGGAGCUAUGCUACUCGUGUUUUUAGCAGUUUUUUUCUUUAUUAAAUGUUUAUACGCUGCAGUGUGUAAACAUAAAGUGAAACGUGAGUGAUAACGUGAGGUAAUUUAGUGGGAUUGUGGGCUGAGCUUGACUUCCUGGUUUGCCUGAAGUAAUGCCAUGUUCAGUUUUUUUGUAAUUGAUCAUUAACCAUAAUAAUGAUAUAAAAUGCAGCUGCAUCUUUCUUUUUUGCUUCUUCUGCAACUUAUUCUAACCUCAGCUCAACAGUAUUGCAAUAACAAGUUGUAUUUGUCAGUUUCGGGAAGGCUCAUUUUCUCUCAUCAUUCAGUGAGUGAAGACAAGAAGGAUUAAUCCAUACUGUAAGGCACCAUUUUGUCUUAAGCUGAAUAAAGC